AUGGCAGGAAACUCGCUCAAAAAACAGGCCGCCAACAACAAGGAGAUCCUCAUCACCCUGUGGACCGGCACCGUGUCCAUCGACGUGCUCUUCCUCAGCUCAUACUACUUUCUCGGCAACCCCGCCUCCAUCAUCCCCUGGAUCAUCUUCUCCAUUCCGGCUACCGUGGUCAUGGUGCACCUGGAGAAGACCUGCCGACCCAAGUUUGACGAGCGAGGAGGUCUGAUCAGGCCCGGAGAAGACCUGUCCCAGCGAGGAGUAAUGGAGUACCUCAAGGACAUUGUCUACGUCACCUGGAUCUGCAAGUUUGUGUCCGCCGUGCUCGCCUCCAACUGGGGCUUUGCUCUGUACAUCAUGAUCCCCCUGUACGCCGUCGUCAAGGCCUACACUCUUUACUCCGAGAACAGACCCAAACAUUCCGGUUCCUCAGGCUCCACAGCCAACGAAGGCUUGAUCCCCAAGUCCAAGCGACAAGAGAAGAUGGAGCGACGAGGCGGCCAGAAGGUCACUUACCGGUCGUAA